AUGGGGCCUAGUCGUCCUGGGUUGCAGCAGCAGCAGCAGCAGCAGCAGCAGCUGCUGCUGCUGCCUCGUGUGCUACUGCUGCUGCUGCUGCUGCUCAUGAUAGUCUCCUUCGGCAGCGCCUCCCCAGCUGCUGCUGCUGCACCUGCUGCUGCUGCCUCUGAGCAAGUAGCUGCGUUAUCUACAGCUACCCCAAGCCGCAGCAGCAGCAGCAGCAGAAGCAGCAGCAGCAGCAGCAGCAGCAGCAACUUGGUGAGUCUUAGGGAGCACAUGCACAGCCUUGGGACGAGGAAGCAGAGCUGUCAGUCUGCUUUUGCUGCUGCUGCUACUGCAGCAGCAGCAGCAGCAGCAGCAACUGGCAUCAAGGCUCUGGCCUGGCUCAUGGAGACCCUGGGGCCCCUGAGGGUCACUCAGGGGGGGGGGCCCCCAAGGGACAAGUUGCUGCUGCUGCUGCUGCUGCUGCCGGCCCUGGGUUGUCUCUUCUCAGCCUCAAAGCUGAAAGGGAAGCAAAAAGCUGCGGGCGAGCAGCAGCAGCAGCAGCAGCAGCAGCAGCAGCAGCAGGCGAAUGUGACGGGAGGGGAGCCGAGGCAGCAAGAACUAGCGGCAGGAGAAGCAGCAGCAGUGCAGCAGCAGCUGCAACAGCUGCAGCAGCAGCAGCGAAAUCUCGAGGAGACUCGCCAGCUGCUGCUGCUGCUGCAGCGGGAAAGAGCAGCAGCAAAAGCAGCAGCAGCAGUGCAGGGCCUCGAGGGCAGCAGGGCAGCAGAGGCUCAGCAAAAGCUGCGCCAGGCCCUGCAGAUGAGAGAGGAGCUGCUGCUGCAGCUGCAGCAGCAGCAGCAGCAGCGGCAGCAGCAGCAGCAGCAGCGGCUGCUGCCUGCAGGCUCCACGGAGGAGACUGUCUCCGCCUGGAUAGAAGACAUACAAAUGGAGCAACAGCGCAUGCAAAAAGAAGCAGCAAAGCUGCAGCAGCUGCAGCAGCAGCAGCAGCUGCAGCAGCAGCAGCAGCAGAGAACUCGCGAGGCACAAGCAGCAGACGGCAAAGAUCGGGCUGGCAACAGCAGCAGCAGCAGCAGCAGCAGCAGGAAAAAAAGUCCAGCCGCUGAGCCUCAGACGCAGCAGCAGCAGCAGCAGCAGCAACAGCAGCAGCAAAAGAAGCAGAGGCACCAGCAGCUUCUUGCAGUACUGAAAGAUAUGCAGUACCGACUGCAGCGGGAGCAGCAAACGCAGCAGCAGCUGCAGCAGGAGCUGCAGCAGGAGAAGCAGCAGCUGCAGCAAAGGGAAGAACAGCUCGAUGAAGAGCUGUCGCAGCUGCGACUGCAGCAGCAGCAGCUGGAGCAGCAGCAGCAGCAGCAGCAAAGCGCUGAACGCGAGGCGCUGCAGCGCGCAGCCAGAAGCGCCGCGCUGCAGCAAGAGCUGCAGCAAAGAGACAAAGAAUUGGAGACACAGCAGCAGCAGCUAAACAACUUGUUGGAGACAGGCAGCAACGGAGACACAAAAACGGACUUUGCUGCCUUCGAGCUGCAGCAGCUGCAGCAGCUGCAGCAGCAGCUGCAGCAGUACUUUCGCCCCAAGGCCUUCCGCGCCACAGCGGAGCAGCAGCGCGAACUUGCUGCUGCAGCAGAAGAGCUUGCCGUUUUGCUUCCCGAAGAGCAGCAGCUGCUGCAGGCGCAGCUGCAGCAGCAGCAGCAGCAGCAGCAGCGGCAGCCGCGGCAGGUUUUGGCUGCUGCAGCAGAAGCAGUGCAGCAAGCGAAGAGACAGGUGGGGGCCCUGGAAGAAGCAGCAGCUUCUUCUGCUGCAGCCCCCGAGGCUUUUGCUGCUGCGCGGCACCAGCAGCUGCUGCUGCUGCUGGGGAACUGGGAUCGUCUCCUCCAGACACGAUCCCAGCAGCCCCAGGCCGAGCUGCUGUGGGGCCCCACACUUAGGGGCCCCCAGUUGCUGCGCAGAAACCUCAGAGGGUCUGCUGCAGCAGCAGAUUAUUUGGGGGCCCUGGGGGCCCUUUUAAGGGACACUGCAGCACUGCAGCGGGGCGCAGCAGCAGCGCAGCAGCAGCUGCAGCGGCUGCUCACCCAGGAGCGGCUGCUGCAGCAGCUGCAGCAGCAGGGGCCGCAGGCCCUCGCAGCAGCAGCAGCAGCAGCAGCAGCAGCGCCCUCGCCAGAGACAGUGCAGCAGCUAACAGCAGUGAAGUGGGCAGCAGCAAAAAGGCGGAAAGAAGAGAUAAGGCAGCAGCAGGAAAAGUCGCAGCAGCGGGUGCUGCAGUGCCUCAAAGACAUGCAAGCAGCAGCAGCAGCAGCAUUAGGAGCAGCAGCAGCAGGAGCAGCAGCAGCAGCAAAGGGCCCGAGGGGCCUGCAGCUGCUGCACUUUCCCUUUCUUGUGGUGCUGCUGAAGGAGACAGCGCGGCAGCAGCAGCAAGCCAACGAGCUGCAGCUGCUGCAGGCGAAAACGAAGCAGCAGCUGCAGCAGGAAACCCUAGAGGACUUUGCUGCUGCAGCAGCAGCAGCAAUAGAAAGAAGCAAAACCUUCGGAAAUAACUUCGAAACCCUCCAGGCCUUCAGCAAGGCCCGCGUGCAUGCACUGCAGCAGCAGCAGCAGGCGCUUGCUGCGCUGCAGCAAGCAGCAGAGACACUGGCGGAGGCAUACACGGAGACAGACAAAAAAAGGAGACAAGCAGCAGCAGGCAGCAGCAGCAGCAGAAGCAGCAGCAGCAGCAGCAGCAGAGAACGAGCCAAGAAAGAACUGAAGAAGCACGUGCUGCUGUGGUACCCGCAGGCAGCGCGCAUAAAGGGCACAAGAAGCCACAUGCAGCAGCAGCAGCAGCAGCAGCGGCAGCAGCAGCAGCAGCAGCAGCGGCAGCAGCGGCAGCAGCAGCAGCUGAAGCCAGCUGCCAGAAUGCGGACGUCAUCGAUGCCUGCAAAAGCAAGGCAGUCACGCGCAGCAGCAGCGCAGCGGCAGCCAGGGACAGCAGCAGCAGCAGCAGCAGCAGCAGCUGCUGCUGCUGCUGCUGCUCCCAAAAAAGGGACCCAAAAAGAGACAGCAAGGACACCUGACAUGCAGGAGCUGCUGAGGAAGGCCCUCGAAGCAAUCAGCGAUGGAGAAGGGUUCAUACAAACGGAGACACCAGCAGCAGCAGCAGCAGCAGCAGCAGCAGCAGCAGCAGCAGCAGCAGCGAGGCAGGGGCCCCACAAGGAGCAGCAAACUGCUAGGGCACGCUGGGGGCCCCCUCAGAUGCCGCUUCAGCAGCUGGCGGAGGAGGCGGGGGAGGAGGAAGAAGAGGAAGAAGAGGGACACAGUCAGCAGCAGCAGCUGCAACUGCAGCAGCCGCAGCAGCAGCAGCAGCAGCAGCAGCAGAAGCAGCAGUCUCAGUAG